AUUUUAAUCUGCAAAGAAGUUGAUAAUGUCAGAAAGUAGUUGCUCGUCCAAGAGGCGGUGUCAUUGCGGUGAAAUUGCUCACUUAUUCACUUCAAAAACUUCUUUUAACCCUAUAAGGAGAUUUUAUAAGUGUCCUAAGCCUGAAGCCAAUUCUUGUGGAUAUUGGGAGUGGCAUGACGAAGUAUUCCCCGAUAGAGCAUUGGUGGUGAUAAGUAAUCUAAAGGCUCAAUUGGAUGCAAGUACGGUCAAAAUCAAUACUUUGAGUACGUCGUUGGAUGCAGUUAAGAUUGAAAGAGAUAAGUUAAAGGAAAAGGUGAAGACUAUGGAGGCUAUAAACAAUUCCCAAGUGAACAAAGCAAGGGAAUUAGAAGAGAAAUUUAUGAAGUUGAAGAUGUUUAUUAUGAUUUUUUGUGCGAUGUUUGUUGGAUUUAUUGUCGCAUUAUUGUUGAAGUGAUGUAGUUUGUUAGGUUGUAUGAAUUCUCAAGUCUUUGCAAUAUUAGUUUGAAGGCUGUGUUUUGAGUUCUCAAGUUAGGUUGUAUGAAAUCAGU